UUUGCACAACUUUCACAUGUGGCAAGCCACCUCAGCACCUUGGGCCCACCAACAUACCACAGCAUCAGAAUUACCCAAUCACUUAAAGCCUGAGCGCCAAAACAAAUUCCACAGUAAACAUUACUCCUUUAGUCUUCUUCUCCCUCCCUCCGUGAAAAAGCUUGAGCGCCAAAACAGAUUGCAGCUGCUGGAGUAUUGGAACUACGGUGCGAAAAUGAAAAAAUCACUCCGGAAGACACCAUCCUACACCAGAAAAUAAAAACCCAGCCGUGAAAAACAUAACCUCUUCACCGAAAAACCAAAACCCACCGCUCCCCAAACCCGCGAAAACCAUCGUUCGUAUCAGCUCCAUCUAUUGUGGAAAAAAAAAAAAAAGUUCUCUUCCAAAUCUCAGAGUUGAUCACCAUCUGCCAUCCAAGGCAUGGCAGAUGAAAUAUCAAAUGUUUUCUCACAUGUGAAAUUAAACGAAGAUCAUAUUGAGAAUGAUAUGAUGGAGGGGGAUUCAAAUGAAGAUAUUGAGAAUGAUAUGGUGGAGGUGGAGUCGAAUGAAGAUAAUAUUGAGAAUGAAAUAGUGGAGUUGAAUGAAAUGGUAGAAACAAAAGGUGUGGAAAACAAAGCAGAAGACCCUAAGUUGGGAAUGAUGUUUGACUCCAUUGAUGAUGCUGUGAUAUAUUAUAGAAGAUAUGCUAAAGAAAAAGGUUUUGCAGUGGCUAAAAGAACUUCUAAAAAGGGGAACGAUGGGGUGGUGAGGUAUGUGACCAUUGCUUGUAGUUAUGCUGGAAAGCCAAGGAUUAGAUUAAACUGUCCUGGAAUUAAAAGGACUAGAUCUACCAAUCCAGUUCAAUUGAAACCUCAAACAAAAACAGAUUGCAAAGCUCAACUUAGGCUGUCUCUAUGCCCAAAUGGAAAGUGGAUACUUAGAUCCAUGGUACUUGACCAUAAUCAUGGAUUGAGUCCUAGUAAGACCAGAUUUUACAAAUGCAAUAGAAUAAUAGAACCACAUGUGAAAAAAAAGCUUGAAUUACACGACAAAGCUGGUAUUAGAAUGAACAAGAGUUUUAAUUCAUUUGUGGUUGCAGCAGGGGGACAUGAGAAUUUGUCUUUUCUAGAAAAGGAUUGUAGAAAUCACAUGGAAAAAGUCAGACGUUCACAUCUUAGGGAAGGAGAUGCUAGUGCAAUGCACCAUUACUUUUUGAAAAUGCAAGCUGACAAUUCUGAAUUCUUCUAUGCAAUGGAUUUUGAUGAUGAUGGUCGGUUGAAAAAUGUAUUUUGGGCUGAUGCAAGGAGUAGGGCAGCAUUCAAAGAGUUUGGUGAUGUAGUUACAUUUGACACUACAUAUAUGGUUAACAAAUAUGAAAUGCCAUUUGCUCCAUUUGUUGGGGUGAACCAUCAUGGGCAAUCAACAUUGCUAGGAUGUGGAUUGAUCUUAAGAGAAGAUACAAAUUCAUUUAUAUGGCUAUUUAAAUCUUGGCUUGCAUGCAUGUCUGAAUGUCCUCCCAAUGCAAUUAUUACGGAUCAAGACAAAGCCAUGAAAAAAGCGAUAGAGAUUGUUUUCCCUAAUGCACGACAUCGAUGGUGCUUGUGGCAUAUCAUGAAUAAGUUGCCUGAAAAAUUUAAAGGGUUCAAAAACUAUGAAUCAAUAAAAUUCUGUAUGAAAAAUGUUGUUCAUGAUUCAUUGACAAAAGAAGAAUUUGAAGAAAGUUGGGGCAGAUUCAUUAAGAAAUAUCAACUUGAAAGCAAUGAAUGGUUACUUGGGUUGUAUGAUGAGCGGCAUCGUUGGGUGCCUGCCUUUGUGAAAGAUAUGUUUUGGGCAGGAAUGUCAACAACGCAGCGAAGUGAAAGCAUGAAUGCUUUCUUUGAUAAAUACAUUAAUAAGAAAACUACUUUAAAACAAUUUGUUGAACAAUAUGAGAAUGCUUUGGCAGCAAAGGUGCAUAAUGAAACUGUUGAAGAUUUUAAUUCUUUCAAUUCACGCAUUUCUUGUAUAACUAUUUAUGAUAUGGAGAAACAAUUUCAGAGUGCUUACACUUUGAAAAAAUUUACAGAUUUCCAAAAUGAGAUAGUUGGAAGUAUUUGUUGCAGUUUGUCUUCAUGCAGGGAACAUGACAACUUUUCAGAGUAUGAAGUACGUGAAGAUAUAUCACGUGGAGAAAGUCAGCGGAGCGUAAUUUUUCAUGUGUAUUUUAAUGAGGAUAAUAGUGAAGUUAAAUGCAAAUGCAGGCUAUUUGAGUUCAAGGGGAUAGUAUGCAGGCAUCAAAUAUUGGUGUUUAUUCAUAGGAAGAUUUAUCGAAUACCAGAGAAGUACAUCUUAGAUAGAUGGAAUAAAAAUGUCAAAAGAAGGCACACUAAAGUUCGAAUAAGUUAUGACAAUUGGUCUUUGAAACCUGAAGCAUGUCGCUAUGAAAAGAUGUGUAAUGCCUUUUACGAGGUUGCUAAUUUGGCAGCGGAUUCUGAAAAUGCAUAUAAGAAUGUGAUGACACAAAUAUGUGAAAUGAAAGGGGAGCUCAAGGAAGGGGGGAAUGCUUGUGGUAGCAAUAAGCCUAUUUCUAUAGAUAUUCAGAAUGAUUCUACCUCAUGUGACAAUGGUCAUGUAACAUCAAAAGAAGCUAGAAAAAUUCUUGAUCCAGUGGUUGUUUCUCAAAAGGGGCGACCAUCUUUUAAAAGGAAGAUGUCAAAGGUUGAACAAGCUGUGAAGAAAAAAAAGGAAAAGGAAAAGAAAAAGAAAAUGAAGACUGUAAUUAACGAAAGGAAUGUAGUUAACCAAGUUGAGACUUCAAUUCUUGAGGAAACUUGUGAGAAGGUUAGGCUAUAA